GUCGCAUUUAUGGCGCACCUUUUACCGUGAGCCGGCAGGUCGUGUUUUAGAGGAAUAAUAAAGCAUUUGGAGGGUAAUCGGAAUCCGCUAUGAGUUUAUUUGGGACAAGCUCCGGGUUUGGAACAGGAGGAACGGGUGUGUUUGGCAGCACCACGACAGAUAGCCAUAAUCCUAUGAAGGAUGUAGAGGUUACAUCCCCUCCCGACGACAGCAUUAGCUGUUUGGCCUUCAGCCCGCCUACUAUGCCAGCCAACUUUCUGAUUGGGGGCUCGUGGGCUAAUGAUGUGCGAUGCUGGGAGGUGCAGGACAAUGGUCAAACUGUUCCCAAAGCCCAACAGAUGCACACAGGACCAGUACUGGACGUGUGCUGGAGUGAUGAUAGCAGUAAAGUCUUCACAGCAUCCUGUGACAAAACAGCCAAGAUGUGGGAUCUGAACAGUAACCAGGCUAUGCAAAUAGCACAGCAUGAUGGUCCAAUCAAAGCAAUCCACUGGAUAAAAGCACCAAACUACAGCUGUGUCAUGACUGGCAGCUGGGACAAAACCCUGAAGUUCUGGGACACUCGUUCACCGAACCCCAUGAUGUCCCUGCAAAUGCCAGAGAGAUGCUACUGCGCUGAUGUGGUCUACCCUAUGGCAGUGGUGGCCACAGCAGAGAGAGGCCUGAUUGUUUACCAGCUGGAGAACCAGCCCUCAGAAUUCAGACGUAUUGAUUCACCCCUUAAACAUCAGCAUCGCUGUGUGGCUAUUUUUAAAGACAAGCAGAAUAAACCCACUGGAUUUGCACUGGGUAGCAUUGAGGGACGGGUUGCCAUUCAUUACAUAAACCCUCCAAACCCAGCCAAGGACAACUUCACCUUCAAGUGCCACAGGUCCAAUGGAACCAAUAAUUCCACCCCUCAAGAUAUCUAUGCUGUCAAUGCCAUCGCCUUCCACCCUGUCCACGGCACUCUGGCCACAGUCGGCUCUGACGGACGCUUCAGUUUCUGGGACAAAGACGCCCGCACUAAGCUGAAGACCUCAGAGCAACUGGAUCAGCCAAUCACAGCCUGCUGCUUCAACCAUAACGGAAACAUCUUUGCCUAUGCCUCCAGCUAUGAUUGGUCAAAGGGUCAUGAGUACUACAACCCUCAGAAAAAGAAUUACAUCUUCCUCCGAAACGCCGCAGAGGAGCUGAAACCCCGAAACAAGAAAUGAUUCGUCAAGCCGAGUUGCGUCACAGAAGACCUGCUUUAGUCUGUAUAUACGGGAGAGAGAGAGAGAGAGAGAGAGAAAGACAGACCCCUUCCUUUUGGCUUACACCUGGACCAAUGGCGUGGCGUUUCGUACUUUGUAUGGACCAAUCAGAAGGGGCAGCCUGCCCAAAUGCAAUGUCAGCUGUGGCUUUUUGGUCAAAUGAAAGAAAACAGCGCUUAAUAAUCUUGGUAUAUAUGGUGUUGUUUUUUGAAGGGUUUUUCUUUUUCCUUUUUUCCUUUUUUUUUUUUUUAAAUGUUUCUUUGUUUGUUUAAUUUAGAAAUUAUUCAUGUCUUCAGCUCUUUUAUUUUUAUACUGCCUCCCAAAGACCUGAUUCUCUUCCUUGGUUUUUGCUGUCACAUCAUGGUGUAGUUUAUGUGG